GCCAUCAAUUAUUUUCUCCAGGCAGUUGCAUGAAGUGAAUUCGUAUAGGUUUGCCCAUCCAAAAGACUAUUUUCAGAAAGCGCAAUGUUUCUCCUGGGUAAAACAUCUGUCACAUUUUCUUUCUUUAAAUGUCAGUUAAUUAGAGAUCAUGCAUAUAUCGCCUUCUUCCUCCCACUCCCAUUUUUAGGCUUAAAAAAUGAAGCCUAAUUAUCUUUGAUAAGAUGUUAACAUCCUACGCUACUUACAAGAGUAGAAGCCAGAGUCUGUGCAGUAGGGGGAUUGGACCGUCCUGAAACCAACUUGCUGCUAUAACUAACUAGUGUUAGGACGACGGCCGUUUGUUGGCUUGGAAGACACAACAACGCACCAUUAUAUCUUUAUAAAUUAAUUUAUAAUCCAUUUGACCUAUUUUCUUUCAAACAUACCUUUGACUUGUCUUACAGAAACAUCACCUGCACUUUUCUUAUAUGGCCACACUCGAUAGACAGAGCUGGCUAACAGUCAACAGAAAUGUUGCGAAGCUAGCUGGGAAGUGGUCAGUGACUGUAUAAACCAGACCUGGGCAUUGUACGGCCCUUUGGUUGACUCUGACCGGCCAGUGUAAGGUUCAUUGGAAAUGACAAAAAACAUAUUUUCUCAUUUUACCUCAUGCAUGGACUAAAGCUGCAUUGCUUUUAUUUUGAAGUUGUUUUUUAUUCACGUACAUAAUGACGCAAUACGUAUGUCAAGACGUACGCGUGAUUGGAUCGUUGUCACAGGACGACUUUAGCCCUCAAAAAUGUCCGCUCAUGCUAAAAAAAGAAAGGUAGAAUAGAAUCGGAGGAUGAAACCCUCUUUAUUAGUCACAUACAUGCACACAGCAGAGCACACACAGUGAAAUUGGUCCUCUGCAUUUAACCCAUCCUAGUACUAGGAGCAGUGGGCAGCUAUCGUGCAGCGCCCGGGGAGCAGUGGGGAGGGGGGAUUGGAGGUGUCUGGUGCCUUGCUCAAGGGCACCACAGCAGGGCCUAGGAGGUGAACUGGGACCUCUCCAAGUAGCAGUCCACUUUCCAUAUUUCAAGUCUGUUCGGGGACAUGAACCGGUGACCAUACGAUUCCCAGUCCAAGCCCCUACUGACUGAGCCACUGCUGGACAACAGAUGCCGAAUGCGGGGAUUUCAACAAAAAUUGGACUGCUAAGUAUUUAUUUACUGAAGUCGGAGGUAAAGCCGUGUGUUUAGUUUGCGGGGAGCAGAUCGCCGUGUUUAAUGACUACAAUUUGAGUCGGCAUUACGAGACGAAACACACAACUAUUUGACUGAUGCUUAAAGGGCACGGACAUCGAAAGCUUUGCUAGCUAAGCUGCAAAAGCAGCAAGGCUUUUUUACCAAGCUUCACACAUCCAGGGAUGCAGCAACCAAGACCAACUUUGUGAUAUACCACAAAAUCGCUAAAAACACUAAGCCAUUCUCGGAGGGAGAGUUUGUCAAAGAGUGCUUGGUGGACUCUGAAGCACUAAUGUGCCCUGAAAAAAAAAGAAGCAUUUGAGCAAGUCCCGCUGUCCAGGCGAACAGUGACGAGAAGGAUCGAGGACAUUUCGGGGAAUCUAGAGCUUCAGCUGCAGCAUGAGGUGGCAAGUUUUGACUUUAUCUCGUUGGCUUUGGAGGAGAGCUGUGAUGGACGCGACACAGCCCAGUUACUCGUAUUUGUCCGUGGGAUAACGCCGGACUUCAAGAUAACGGAGGAGCUGGCAGGAAUGCGGUCGAUGAAAGGGACGACGACAUGGAGGUAAAUGCGUGCAUGGACACGCUGGGACUGAAAUGGGACAGACUGGCAGGUGUCACAACAGACGGUUGUCCAAAUCUUACAGGUAAAAAUGUUGGAUUUUCGAGACGUAUGCAAGAUAAAGUGACUGAAAUCGACGCAGAUCAGAAAUUGUAUUUUUGCAUUGCAUUAUACACCAACAUGUGUUGUGCAAGUCAGUGCUAAAAAUGGACCAUGUUAUUGAGCAUAGUGACAUUGGCUACCACACAGCUGUCAGAUGGCUCAGCCUGGGCAAAGUGCUAAAAAGAGUUUGGGACCUGAAAGCAGAGAUUCGAGAGUGUUGUGAGAAGAAAGCCAAAGACAUCCCAGAGCUCUCAGAUGAGGACUGGAUGGCAGAUUUUGCAUUUGCUGUUGAUGUGACUGCACUGAUGAAUGAACUGAACACCAAACUGCAAGGCAAGGGCCUUUUUGUUCAUGAAAUGCACAGCCUGGUGAAGGCUUUCAUGAGAAAGAUGCAGUUUCUUUCAAGCCAACUCGAGAGCAACACUCUCACUCGCAUGCAAACCCUGAAAGAAGUCACACCACCAGCUGAUCACCUCCGCAGGUACUCAUCCAUGUUAGGAGCAUUGCAUGGUGAGUUUUCACGGCAAUUUGAAGAUCUCCGAACAAUCGAGGAUGAAAUGCUCAUGAUUUCCUCUCCCUUUACCUGCAGUGUGGAUAAUGCACCCAGUGAUGUUCAGCUGGAACUCAUUGACCGGCAGUCUGAUGCAGUACUGGCAGAGCACUUUAAGUCAGGAUCUCUGCUGGAUUUCUACUCUUCUCUCAAGGAGGAGGACUUUCCAAACAUGAGGAGACAUGCUCAGAAGAUGUUGGUUCUCUUUGGCGCUACCUACAUAUGUGAACACACAUUUUCAAUGAUGAACUUUACGAAAUCCAGUGGCUAUGACUUUGGAUACCUGAUCAAGAUUCUGUCCAACGCUAACCUGCCUGAGGAGGAGGUGGACUUCUUUGAGAUUCUGCGUUUGUAUUUCCCCAUCAUUUACGAUGUCAAGUACCUCAUGAAGAGUUGUAAAAACCUGAAGGGUGGGCUGCAGGAAGUAGCUGAGCAGCUGGAGCUGGAGAGGAUCGGACCGCAGCAUCAGGCCGGCUCUGACUCGUUACUCACAGGCAUGGCUUUCUUCAAGAUGAGAGAGAUGUUCUUCGAGGAUCACAUCGACGAUGCAAAGUACUGUGGUCACCUGUACGGGCUCGGCUCCGGCUCCACCUACGUCCAGAACGGAACAGGCAACGCUUACGAAGAGGAGGCCAACAAGCAGCAGUCGUGACAUCACCCCAACGCUCCCCCAUCCCCGCGGUCCACGUGCACCAUCAGUGCGACCCCAACCGGAUGGUUAUCAGGAUAUUGGAAUAACAGAAAAGCUCUCACAUCAUUUAGCAAGCUGCUUCUCAUAGGCUCUGCUCACCUUAGAUAACGUAAGGAAAGUCACAGCUGUCCUCACACAUGCUAGCUUCGUGUGUGUGAGUUUUAUUCCUUAGAAUCGGUGUACACGUUCUGGUGGAGUUCAAAAUAAUUAAGAAGAUGGGAUUUUAGUUUUCCUAAAAAGAAAUGUUCUCUAGAAAUGUUUUGCACUUUAAAAGCUCUAACUUGAUUUUAUAUGGAAAGUUGAAAACUGUUUCUGGUGUCUCUCUCCUCUUUGUUGCCUUUUCUACGUUCCCGUUUGACACACAAGUCUUUAGUCUCACAACAACCUCGUUCAGCCUUAAAUUAACUGCUUAUUUUAAACUUUAAUUUAUUGCGCCCUCUGUCAUUGGACCUUUGUAUGAUGAUGAUAAAGGGAGUCGGUGUGUUCACGUGCACAUUAAUGUUUUGUUAACGUUUUUUUGUUGUAAUACGAUGUUUGUUAUGUCCUGAAUUAGCUCCUCUCAGACUAACACAACAACUCAUUUUCCUCUUUACUAUAUAAGUUGUAUUUAUUCAUCGGAGCAAUAUGAUUAUUUGUGCAUGUUAACAGCAAAGCAUUAUGGUCUUGCAACGAUUUCAACUGAAUUUAGACCCUAAGAAAGAAUUCAAAAGUAUAAAAACUCUCGCCUUCUUUAAGCCAUGGUGAGGCUAAUCUUGAAUACUCUGUUGAGAGUAACAUUUAAUUUAGCUAAAAAGGUUUCCUAGAGUUUUAGCGUCUUUAUAACUAAGACAAAUCUUUUACUCAAUGGAAGAAAAACUACAAGUGUAGUUCUUGCCUUUUUGAAUGAGUUUCUUUUGUAUUGCUUUCCAGUUCAUUCAUGCUGCGUAGGAGAGCCGCAUGUCCUCAACGUUUGAAUAAAUGCUGUGUUGUUAUAGUAGUGUCCUGAACUUCCAUAGGUGUGUGUUGAAGUGUAGCUUCAAGAUGUAUUCACCCCUCUGACCGUCAAACACAUAUUUCACCCUGUUACAGAGUAAAAGAAAAGAUAUGCAAUAUCCAAGAGGAUUGUUUUUAGACUAUUUUGUAAAUAAAGGCUUGAAACUUUUCUACCAUAAA